UUUUUGAAGCCGGCUAGUGCGGGGACGGGUUCGAAAAAGGGAACUGGAACGGACGGAGCUGCGGGGCGGAGCGGUGUUUACAAUGGCUGCUACUGUGAACUUGGAACUUGAUCCCAUUUUUUUAAAAGCAUUAGGUUUCUUACAUUCAAAAAGUAAAGAUUCUGCUGAAAAGCUAAAAGCACUGCUUGAUGAAUCCUUGGCUCGGGGCAUUGAUUCAAGUUACCGGCCAACUCAAAAGGAUGUGGAGCCACCCAAAAUUUCAAACACAAAAUCUAUUUCUAUUAAACAAGAGCCCAAAACAUCAUCUACUCUUCCUUCUGGCAAUAAUAAUGGCAAAGUCCUCACAACUGAAAAAGUAAAGAAAGAAGCUGAAAAGAGACCUGCUGAUAAAAUGAAAUCAGACAUUACUGAAGGAGCUGAUAUUCCAAAGAAACCUAGAUUGGAGAAACCAGAGACACGAUCUUCUCCCAUUACUGUCCAGACCAGCAAGGAUUUAGCUAUGGCUGACCUUUCCAGUUUUGAGGAAACUAGUGCUGAUGAUUUUGCCAUGGAGAUGGGAUUAGCCUGUGUUGUUUGUAGACAAAUGACGGUGACAUCUGGUAAUCAAUUAGUAGAAUGUCAGGAGUGCCAUAAUCUCUACCACCAAGAUUGCCACAAACAGGUGACAGACAAGGAAGUGAAUGACCCUCGCCUGGUGUGGUAUUGUGCCCGAUGUACCAGACAGAUGAAAAGAAUGGCUCAAAAAUCUCAGAAACCACCACAGAAACCAGCCCCCACAGUUGUUUCUGUAGCUCCAGCUGUCAAGGAUCCAUUGGUUAAGAAACCAGAAACUAAACUAAAACAAGAGACUACCUUCCUAGCAUUCAAGAGAACAGAAGUCAAGGUAUAGUACAUCCCAUUUUUAUCCACAUUUAUAUCUUAAUCUAGUUGCCUGAACAGUGGUUGAUUGCUGAAUUUAAUGAGAAACUUUAUAUUUUGAAUAUAUAUGUUGGAAAUGAAGACUGCAU